AUGGCCGCUCUACCUUCGGCGCCUGAAAUUGUUCGGGGCCAAGUUUUUGAUGUCGGGCCACGGUAUACGAAUCUAACGUACAUAGGAGAAGGGGCAUAUGGAAUGGUUUGGUAAGCGAACUAUAUCAGAUCUCACUCUUUGAGUGUUCAAUGAUGCUGAAUAGCCUUUGUGGCGUGACUGUCGAGUUCGAUUUUGCACGUCCGAGACUUAAAAAUAUUCUUGUUCUUUUUCUCCUACAUGAAGCUCUGCGGUGGACAAUCUUACCGGACCCAGGGUAGCCAUCAAGAAGAUCAGCCCUUUUGAGCACCAGACGUACUGUCAGAGGACACUAAGGGAAAUCAAGAUUUUAAAGCGAUUUAAACAUGAAAAUGUAAGCAUAUAUACGUACGUACCGCUAAGAACAGAUCGAUACUUGAGACGAAAAUAUGUCAUGAAUUCCACUGAAUAUCUUUACAACUUGGCCUUUACCUCCUUUCCGUUGUACAUCACGGAAUGAUUUCCCUACACAAAUAUGUAUUUUUGCUGAUAUGGCUGUUGAUUUGAGCUAUUUUUUCUUUCAGAUUAUUAACAUAAUGGAUAUUUUACGUGCUCCGAACAUCAACGAUAUGAAAGACGUGUAUCCUUUGAAAAUACUCUGGUAACAACAACCAUAUUGCUUAGGUUUAGUUCUUGUUGUUGCUCAAUAUCUGUAAAUUCGCGAAUUUCCUGUUUGAGUUCGUUUUAUGACAAAUUACCAGUAUUCGAACAUCGCUACAACUUUUGGACAGCUCGUGGAAGAAACGUGCAUGUUCAUUUCAGAAAUCACAAAAUACGGUUUUGCUGAAGGAAAGCUAGAAGUUUGUGGGAGAAUUAUAACAUUUAACUCUGAAUUGAAGUGUUGUUGCUCACGCAAAAUAUUUCAUGUUCGUAAAAUUACUUCUGUCUGCCCAAAUUUUCUCUUGGUUACUGUAUGUUACUAUACCCUACGGGCAAAAAUAUUCAAGUCGCGACAGCUUGUUUUGCCGUUGUAUUCCAAUGUAUUAAAGCUUUAUUUUUCUUAAUUUAGCAAACUGCCCGGCUGUUCGCAGGGACACAGCUGUCGCUUUCUAUCGCCACAUUUUUUACAUUUUUAAAAGUUCUUGAAAGCUGCCUAACAAAAACUUCCAAUAUACGCUUUUGAAACAUAGUUACCAGUUUUUACUGCAUUUCGAACACGGCGUUACACUUCGACGUCUUUUGAGUAACGUAAUUGUUUACAUUGCCUUUAUGUCAUAAUAGAGAGUUGUUUACGGUGACUUAUAACAUUCCAAAAAUACCACAACUUCAAUGUUGCAGAUGGAACAUGGCCUUUUAGCUUUUUCCUGUACAUCAGUUUUCAUCAUUUUUUUAAUACUAAAAAUACAUGUAUCACAAAGCGUCGCACAUGGCAAAUGAAGAAAAAUCAAGACCAAAAAAAAAACCAAAACAAACAAAAUAAAAACAGGCAAAGAAACAAGCAAAACAGGAAAAAGUAAUGGCAUAACUGAGAGUUGGAUCCACGUCUCUUGCUUACCUGCAAAUACAUAUGUCUCAAAUAAAAAUAGUAUAUUUGUAUUUUUCAUCGGAAAUUCUACUGUUGAACACUGUUUACGCAGGUUGAGCCACUUUAAACAUAAAUUCAUAGGUAUAUUUGUGGAAAAUAAGCAGGGUUUGAGCUAAACUUGCAUGAAAGCUGAAACAAAAAACACUUCUCAUUACAUUUGAAGAACAUAUGGCUUAUAUAGACCUGAUAGAGACACAAAUCAGUCUUCUGUUGCCUCAAAAAGGUUGCUCUUAUAAUGAAGCAAAUGGACCAAAUCAUUUGCAUUUUCUCUUAAAAGUAGUUUCUGCAUUUGAAGUUCAUCACUAUGAGCAUUUGCUGAUUUCUAACACAAUUGGAAACAACCUGGCUAAGUUUGUUGUGGUUUUGUGUACUUACAGUUUGUUUCUAGGUAGCUAUGGAAACCAGGCGGAUGCAGUCAUACAUGUAUACCCAACUUAUGUUUCUGUCUUGCUAAUGAUCAUGUGCAUUCCACACAUAGUGCCAAUUAUGACAAAAAUUAUAAACUUUUCUUUGCGGCAAACAAACUCGUCUAUUUAAAUUCUUUGUGCUCUAUUUACAGUUCAAGACCAGACAAAACAAAACAAUAUUUUAUUUGGGGUCUUAUACCAGCUGGUUUCCAAAUAAUUUCAAAUUGCAAUCUUUUUUGCAAAGUUAUACAUAUGCAAAGAACAAAACAAUGCAAAUCUCAAGUCUCAAUAUCAAAAUCUCAAUCUUAAUUCAAACAUGAGACAUUAGUAAGCCUAAAAAGAAGGCUUCUUACAAUAAUGUCGUGCAUCCAUAAUAAUAAUAGUAAUAAUAAUAAUAAAAGUAAUACAAAAUUGUAUUUAGAUGAAUAAAAUUAAUUAACUAUGCUAAUUACCAACUUGGCAGACUAAUGAGAGCAGAGAUUGCAGCGACAUUUGUCCUGGCCCAAGUUAAAUUCUUUGAACUUGUCAAUGAAUUCUUAAGAUCACAGUCCUCCCUAACAUGAGGAGGAAGAGUGCUCCAGAGAUGGCAUGCAAAGGAGAAAGAUUUGUGCUUGAAAGAAGUAUUAGGGGCCUGCUGAUUAAGUCUGCUAGUACUACCAAUAAGAUUGUUCUCACAGAUUUUCAUACUAAACAUAUUACUCACAUAAUUAGGAUAGCCUUUGAACAUAAGUACGAGAGCGUGGACUAGACUAGACGCCUAUACUUGAUAGAGUCUAAGUUAUACUAGGACAGGAUCUCUUUGUAGCAGAUAGACUUCAAUUUACAUGAAGCACUGCGUAAAAUUUAAUGGUAUGCCGUAUGUACUCCUCAAGUAAGCAUUACCCCCAAUUAAGCACAACCCUCAAAUAAGCACCGCAGUUGGUAGGAAAAAGUUAAUAUUGUUAAAGGGCUGUCCCCCAAAUAAGUGCCACGGCUCUUAUAUAAUCAGGGUUGUCACUAAGAUUUCAAGUUGCCGGGUAAAUACAACAAGUAGGCGGGGAAUCAAAUGGCUAGGGAUUUCUUUUGGUUCUAUUUUUCUUCUAUUUUCCAAUAAAAGUAGCCGGGGGCCACUCUCUUAGUAGCCGGGGAAAAUCCCCGGCCCCCGGCUCUUAAUGACAACCCUGUAUAAUCAAAGUGAAAAGACUGUUAGUUUAAUACAGAAAAUAAUAACAGCAUAUUUAAUACAAUUCUUUGCCAUGUGCAACUUUCAAAUAAGCGCUGCCCUCAAAUAAGUGCCACACUUGAAUAAGCUCUGCAAUAAGUCCUGGUAUUUCCCCCACAAUUGCAGUGGGGACAAUAAACUUCUUCAUAAAAACAAUUUUUACUUGAAGACAUGUUCUUCCUUGACAAGGGGUGUAGGUACAUUGUUCAGAGUCUGAUGGAGACAGAUCUUUACAAGCUGUUGAAGACACAAAAGCUUAGUAAUGACCACAUAUGUUACUUCUUGUACCAAAUCCUAAGAGGACUAAAAUACAUCCACUCUGCUAAUGUGCUUCAUCGGGAUUUGAAGCCCAGCAAUUUGCUACUGAACACAACAUGUGAUUUGAAGGUGGGUGUUGUUAAGCAUUGAUUUUGUUACCCCUGCAUCCUGCGUCCCUGGUGCCUAAAAAUUCUCAAGGACAUGGAAUAAUAACUGACAGCUUGCAUCUUUUGGGAGGCAACGAUCGGUCUGAUCGAUCUAAAGAUUUUUUUGAAGAAUGCCCUGUUUGUGCGAUUCUAAAUACAUAUUGAAAGCUACCUCAAAACAAAAGAGUGAUAUCGUCUGCUCGUAAAAUAGGUUAAGAACAAUUUUUGAACAAAUAGAUAGAAUUAGAAAUGUUAUCUCCAUGCAAAUUAUCCAAUAAGAUUUUUUCAAAAGCGCAGGGUUGUCGCUAAGAUUUCAAGUUGCUGGGUAAAUACAACAAGUAGGCAGGGAAUCAAACAGCUAGGAACUUCUUUUGGUUCUAUUUUUCGUUUAUUUUCCUUUGAAAGUCGCUAGGGAAGACGUUCAUAGUAGCCAGGGGAAAUCCCCGGCCCCCGCCUCUUAAUGACAGCCCUGAAAGCGGCCAUUUUUAUUUACCUGAUGGAGUGGUUGCUCAUUAUGUUUGCCAUUUAUGAAAAGCACAUGGCUGAACCAAGAUGGCUGACAGUGCUUCAUAGUAUGGUAAAGCUUUCGUCUAACUGAUUCUAAGCUUCAAGGGAUUGUUAACGUUAAUGUGGAAAUAAGAAAAUGUCCUGUAAAGUGCCGUCUGUAUGUUUGGUGAUCAGUUUGGUGUUUCCUCGGAUGUUUUGUUAGCUCAAGAGAAAACAAAGUACAUCUACAGCUGUAGCCCUACAUGGGUUUGUCUAGUUUUAUGUGUUUAGAAAGUUUAUUAUUAUUUGCCAUCAGAGCAAUAGCACCAACAACUUUGAAAUUUAUUAUUCAUUCCUUGUUUUUGUAUUUGUGAAAUGUAUUGUUAUUGUCAUUAUUAUUAUUAUUAUUAUUAUUAUUAUUAUUAUUAUUAUUUUAUCUCUUCAGAUUUGUGAUUUUGGAUUAGCACGCGUUGCAGACCCUGAACAUGAUCACAAAGGAAUCUUGACUGAGUAUGUUGCAACAAGAUGGUAUAGAGCCCCUGAAAUUAUGCUCAAUUCCAAAGGAUACAGCAAAGCCAUUGACAUCUGGUCUGUUGGCUGUAUUCUGGCUGAGAUGUUGUCUAACCGUCCACUUUUUCCUGGAAAACACUGUAUCUUUGAAAUAGUGACUAAUAUAUGUCUGUUUUUUAGUAUGUCAAUUCGGUGCUCCAAGCUCAACAUUUUUCGAACUUUUUGCGCCUUUUGUAUUAUUCCACAAAUUGCUCAAAAUAAUCGAAGUGACUGCUCAACCAUGUGUAAAGCUAUAAAUCUCGGAGGUGCAUGCAACCGCUUAAAGCCUAUAAUUACUGGACUACGUGUACCACGGUGAAACAGGCAAAUUAUGACGAAAAUAUCUUUUUACCAUAUACAAAGAUCAUAAACACUUAACCAAUAAAAACACCAUAGUUUGGGACACCACUGUCAAGCACAGGUUACUGCAUCAAGGCAACUUUCAAAAUUCACUGCAAUUUGAGAUAUCAAAAUUUUUCUUACUCGCCAGGGUUACCCAAAAUGGUCACAGCUUAGACUGCUGCAGUAGCAGUGACUCUUUUCAAGGGUUUCUGAAGCAGUUGUUAAAGUUAACUGAAGUAGGCAGCGCUUGAUUUAACAAAAUGUUAGCCAAACAGAAAAUACCACAAUACUUUUUGAUUUACUGGCAUAGCUGCACAAGUUUUUGUAGGUGGUUUUUGCUUGAAUGCAGUUUGUUUUGAAGUACCAGUAAUUAAAGGAAACUUUAAGCAUUAUAAAAUAUAAUAAAAGACAUUGGAACUAAACCUUUUUUCAAGCCAGCACUUGAACUUUUGCAUUUGUACAUGAAAAUGUUUGCAUUAGGCAAAUAUUGUUUAAAAGAUGAUGCUUGCAUGUGCAGUAGCAUUGGCAGCUCAUGCCAAGAUUACCCUGAAUAGAUGGCUAAACCUGGGUAUUAAAGAGUUUCUUGGUAAUUCCAGAAAGUCCUAUUAAUUUACUAUCCAUUGUCUAAAGCAGCCUUGGCUUGCUAAAUAAUGAUAAGGCACAGGCUACAUUUUUUACAUAAGCAGUCUCGAAAAUCUUCCUUGACAUGUUGGUCAGAUCUUGAUCAGCUGAAUCACAUCUUGGGGGUUUUAGGAUCACCGACCCAAGAUGAUUUGCAAAGCAUCAUGAAUGAAAAGGUAAAGAAAAGCAGAACCUUUUUGUCCUUCUGUCAUUAAUCUUAUAAAUAUUUUGCAUUUUGCAUACAGAAAAAGGACUUAAUGAAUUCCAGCUUGUCUUUACAACAAGCUUCUCUCAGCUUUUCUCUUGCCUAGGGCCCUAAUGCACCCUGUUAGUCUUUAUGAACUAUUUUGAAGUUGACUUACUUGGGCCCUUGCCCAUUGGCCAAGUGAACAUGAAAAAAAGGAAAAUCAGGAAAGGGAAAAAUCUACUUGUACUUGGCCCAGAUGACUGGAUGGUAAUGUUAGGAAUCCGCUGAGAUACAAGAUGGUGUAUUUUCAUCAUUGAUCUUUGGAAGUACAGUCGACUCUUGCUAACUCGAACUCUCACUAACUUGAAACUCGCGCUAACUCGAACCAAACUCAAUUUCCCCUGGAUUUCCUUCAUACGUUUACUGUAAUUUUACCUUCAGUAACUCUAACCCUCGAUAACUUGAACCUCCCGCUAACUUGAAGUAAUUGUGCUUAAAAAGUUGGGGGGAAACAGUGUACAGCUGGCGUGUGAAAGAUUGAAUUUUGAAUUUCCCAUUGACGUGUUGUAGGCAUCUAGUUUACUUGUGAAGGCAGGUGUUGUUUGUCACAAAUCUAACGUGAACAGCUUAAUUACUUCUCAAAACAGUAAAAUGGAUGCUCUAUUUGGUCUAUAUUUUGUUACAUUACAUUCUGAUUUAUAAUCUAAAAGUCUCUUUCAAUUUUCGGUUGACAUUUCUACAAGUAAAUGUGAUUAAAAUGUUCACUGUACGGCAAACAAUGUUGUUUUCGUACUAUUGGCUAUUUUCUUUGAGCUGCCAAUAACUCGAACUCCCGAUAACUCAGACUUUUUUUUGAUUUCCCUUGAAGGUUCGAGUUAUCGGGAGUCGACUGUAAUUGGAUUAGCACGCUCGAUCGUUCUUGAUGAUUGAUCAAACCAGUUACUGGAAAAUUUUCUUUAUAAGAAUUCCAUUUAUUUUUCAGCCUUGUGCAAGUCAAACUGCCAGGCUCUGAAUUUUUUCUGUGCUUUCGGGAAAAUUCUCUUUCUUCUUUAAUAGUUCAUUUGCAUGAUUGCAUCAUUUAACUACUACAACCAGAAUCCUUUUUGUUUUUCCCUUCAUAUUUAAAUUUGGUAAUCCCAGCAAUGAAUAAAAGCCCUAAUUUGCAAAAGAAAGCAAAACCCAGAAGGAUUCUAGUCGUAAUAGUAAAAUGACAUCAUUGGCAAAUCAGAGCUGUCAUUAUGAUUAAGGGCCAUAAUGCGUAACACCUGUUAUGUCUCAGCUCACUUGAUGUCACAGGUGAUCAAAGUGGAAAGCUAAAGGUGGCACUAUAAAUCUUUGUGAGAUGUUACGGGUGAAUCUUCAUGUGCUAUGGUUGCUUGAAAACUUAAUGACAGCCCUGCAAAUGGCCUAUCAUGAGAACAUUAAAAAAAUAACACACAAGUAUUUCCCAUUAUUUGUUAUUUGCCAACAAGAGUUUUUUUUCUGCAUUAAUCAUUUGAACAUUUUCCAUAAUUGGUUUUUGCAUCACUUAAAGAGACCCUGGACUUCCCUGAAAUUAAUACUGCAUGGGAAAAAUUAAAAUCUUCAUGUUUUAAUGUUUGUACUGCUUAAACGUUUGAGUGAAGGUAGAGUGAUGGCAUCAUGUUGUAAGUGUUUGUACAUGUUUACGACAAAGCCACUUAGUGCUUUUUGUUUAUCUUGAUGUCAUUAUGUUCUGCAGGCCCGCAGUUACAUUCAGUCAUUAGCCUACAAACCAACUGUCCCUUGGACAAGAAUUUUUCCCACUGCAGACCCAAAUGGUGAGAGAAGGCAUAUUGAUGUUAUCAUGCUGUUCAGUUUCUUAGAGGACAGUCUACCAUGCACCUUAUUUUUUGGCUGUCCAUCUUACUAUGUACAGUGGAACCUCGAUAUAAUAAGGGGACUGGCAAAAUUUGUUCACUGUAAAGAGGUUUUGUUAUGUCAAGGUCCUUUUUCAUAUAUUUUACUGUCACAGGGGCAAAGAAAAUAGGGACCUUAAGAUCCGAGGAUGGCGACGGUAGUGAAAACGUUGCUGAAAAAGUGAAUUCGCAUUCUUUCAAUCUUCAUCGCGAUUACUCCAAGUCAUUAACUUUGUCAAAUGUAGGCGAACCCUCCCAAAGUUGAAUUCCUAAGAACCAUAUCCAAGUUCAAAAAGAGAGAGGAAAUCUGGUCCUCGCUUGUGUACUUCCUCUUUACAUCAUGAAAUUAGGCAUUUUCAUGUCGUAGUCAUGCUGUGACGGCAAAGAAAUGUACCAAAAAGCGUGAUGCACAUGCAAAAAUGUUAUUUUGCUAAUUAAACCUAUUGCUUUUGUGGCGUUCCCAUAUCCAUCACCAUUGUCGGAUCUUAAGGUCUCUAAUAGUUCGUUAUACCGAGGACUUUGCUAAAUAUUUUUUAAAAAUAUAUACAAGUAAUUAUCGAGGUUCUACUGUACAGUGUACAUGGAUGUGCUUACAGAUGUGUCCAUCUUUACUGUGCAUAGGGUACAUAUAGAUGUGUGUGCACCUUCUAUGGCUGUCCAUCCUAAACAAGUGUCCAGUUGACAAGGGUAUUAAGGCCUUAAAUGGUUAUCUUCCUCAAAAGGGUAUUCCCUUAUGUCGGUGCCUAUUGUACAUGAGUAUAUCUGUGGUUCAUGCAUGUUCCUGUUUUAUCAGGGUCGAUAACACAAAAGUAGAACAUAACGUAUUUGUCAGUGACAAACUAGAAAGAAAUAAAUAGUAAUGUUUCUUUCUCCAUGUUGGGCUUCCUUUCAUGGGUAAUCUUACAUGGGUGACCAUUUUACAUGAUAGUAUGCUCUGAGAAUGUGCACAUUUAUUGUCCUGUACCUUUGUUGGAAGUUCCUUUUAUCAAGCUUUUUUAAUUUUGUUUUUGUUCACAGCUCUAGAUCUUUUGGAUAAGAUGUUAACUUUCAACCCUGACAGGAGAAUUACAAUAGAGCAAGCUCUAGCUCAUCCCUAUUUGGAGCAGUACUACGACCCUGCAGAUGAGGUAUGUACGAUUCAGUGAAACCCCUGUUGAUUAAAAAUCUGGUUAUACAGUUGAACCUCCAUUAAGCAGCCAGCCACCCUCAGGGUACUGGCAAGUGGCCGCUUAAUGGAGGUGGCCGCUCAAUAGAGGUUUGUGAUAAAUUAGCUUAAUCUUUAGCACAAAUAUCACUCUACUGUGAAACAAAUGCUUGACAGGAGAAACAUUGCUGGUUUACAAUCCGUCAUCACCAUCUAUCUCGGAAUUUACAUGUAUUUUAAUUUCUCAUUCUUUACUACAAUUAUUUUGGGACUUUAAUUACUGGCCAUUUAUAGAGGGUGGCCGCUUAAUGGAGGUUCAACUGUGUAAAAGAAACAAGACACUUGUUUUCUGAUAAGAAAAGUGACUGAAUGCAGUAUUUUAACGUUCGGUUUGAUAGAAUAAAUUAUAGUCCUGAUAAUGAGGUGGCCACGUGAACUGGGUGAUAGUUUUCAGGGGGAAUUAGAAUUACAGAAGUACUAAAGACAAAUAAUUGUUUAAAUUCUUAAUAAAUUCAUAUGGAUUGAAAGCUGUUUUUAAAGCUGGUCUGAUACAAUGAAUGAAUACAAACUGACAUACACUAUACAUUUACUCUAAGGGCCAUUUCAGCUAUUAACAAUAUUAUUAUUGUUUUGUUUUUGUAAGGGUAACCAUAAAGUAGUCAAAGUUCAAGUGUGAUCCUACACAUUAACUACAAAGUGCAGAUGUUAUUAUUCUUAUUGUUUUGACAGCCUGUUGCAGAGGAACCGUUUAGAUUUGAAACGGAGUUGGAUGAUCUUCCCAAGGAGAAACUUAAAGGU